AUGGCAACGAGCCAGAAAGCAGCCCGAUUGGGCGAAGAGGUCUGGAAGACAAGGGUUGAUAAAGUCAACGCUGAACUUGUGACGCUCACAUAUGGUACAAUUGUAUCUCAACUGUGUGCAGACUAUGACAAUGAUUAUGCUCAAGUCAAUCAACAACUCGAUAAAAUGGGCUACAACAUCGGAAUGCGUCUAAUUGAAGACUUUCUUGCAAAGUCCAACACCGGUCGCUGUGGCAAUUUCAGAGAUACAGCUGAGAUGAUCUCAAAGGUCGGCUUCAAGAUAUUCCUCAAUAUCACUCCCACCGUAACGAACUGGACCGCGGACAACAAACAAUUUUCUCUACUAUUUGACGAAAAUCCUUUGGCCGAUUUUGUCGAACUUCCAGACGAUGGGAGGGCACAAGAUGAAUUGUGGUUUUCCAACAUAUUCUGCGGUGUCUUGCGUGGAGCGCUGGAAAUGGUGCAAAUGUCCAUCGAGGCCCGGUUCGUCAGUGAUGUGCUACGUGGAAAUGAUGUUACUGAAAUGCGGGUGACUUUGAUACGCUAUAUCGAAGACGAAAUGCCACCGGAUGACGAAUAA